AUGGGAUACUCACAGAUAAAAUAUCUUCAAACAGUGGUUAAUUUAUCAAAUAUUAAACAUUUAACUCUAUUAGAUGGUUUACGAUUUGAAACAAUAGAUUUAUUUAAAGAAAUAUUAAAAUCGACAACACAAUUGACAUCUUUAAAAACUAAAUUAUCUGAUUUAAUAUGUUGGUUCGACAAUAAUGAACUAUGCAAAUAUUUAAAUAAAUAUAUUAAAAGAUUGAAUUUAUCGUAUACAUCAUUCGAGAAUUCAGAUCAAUUAGAACAAUUCUGUAGAAUAUUCUCUAAUCUUGAACAAAUUAAAUGUUCUACAAAUGAAUUAGAGACUAUAUAUUUAAUCAAAUAUUUAUCCAAAUUAACGUAUAUACGAACUUAUCGAUGUUCUAAAAUUGAUCAAAUAUUAUCGAUUAGAAAAGAAAUAGAAAAACUUGGAUUAGAUAUGACUGCUAGUUUAGGCAAUGAUGACCGACCGUAUAGUUUAAUUAUUUGGAUUAAUCAAAAUUAA